AUGAAAACAGCCAACGAUCUUGUUGACCCGCCGUCAAGAACUACAGCUGAUAAUCCUGCCGAAAUUGUUAAAUUGCUCAUCAGGUACUUUACAUCUGUAUUCACCAAUGACAGUUCACCUCACUAUGCUUGUAAGCCAGGUGAUACCCCGAAUAUAACUGGUGUAAAUCUAACUGUGUACGAAAUUCGAGCUGUCCUUGAAGCGCUGGAUGUUACAAAAGCAACAGGCUCAGAUGGAAUCCCCGCUAGACUGCUAAAGGAAACAGCCCAAGUCAUAGCUCCAUCCUUGUGCUGCCUCUUCAACAAAUCUCUUAACACAGGCACCUUACCUGACGAGUGGAAACUUGCAAAUGUUGUACCAACACACAAGAAAGGCAACGCUGAAUACACAGAGAAUUAUAGACCUUUAUCUUUACUACCCAUAGUGUCCAAAGUCUUAGAACGAUGCGUACUUAACAACAUUAAAUGCCAUCUCCACCAGCUAGUCCACAGUAGUCAACAUGGGUUUUUCACGGGAAAGUCAUGUACAACCAACCUUAAUUAUCGAAGCACUAGAUAA